UGCAAGAAGUGUUACAAAUUAUAUGAUUUCGAAGACUGUAUGCACAUUAUCGAGGGUCAACAAGUCUCAAAAACCUGUCAGAAUAUUCGCUUCCCAAAUCAUCCACAGAUCGGAAGGAGAAAAGUAUGUGGAGAACUUCUUUUGAAAGUUGUUCAGCUGCAAAAGUACAGAAAGCUGUAUCCUUAUAAAACAUUUUGUUAUAAGUCUUUGGAAUCUUCAGUUUCAAGUCUUGUCCACCUUCCUGAAUUUGAAAAGAACUGCGAAAAAUGGAGAUCAAGACGACAAGAAGAAGGUUUUUUUGCAGAUGUUUACGAUGGACGAAUUUGGAAAGAAUUCCAAGGUACAGAGAAAGACAACUUUUUGUGUAGCGAGAGACAUUAUGGAUUAAUGAUAAACUUGGACUGGUUCCAACCAUAUGAGCAUGUUCAGUAUUCUGUAGGUGUUAUGUACGCUGUUAUUUUAAAUUUACCAAGAAACGAACGUUUUAAGUUAAAAAAUGUCGUUCUCAUCGGUAUAAUACCGGAUAUGGGAAAAGAACCAAGUCUACAAACAUUCCUUGACCCUCUUAUAGAUGAACUCAAAAGUGUAUGGAUAUACGGUUUUUCGUCGAAUUCUUUUCAAAGUAAAAAGGAUAAACAGAAUUUCAAGUUAGCAUUGAUGUGUGUCGGUUGCGAUAUUCCUGCAACAAGGAAAUUGUGUGGAUUUUUGGGCCAUAGCGCUACCUUAGGAUGCUCGAAAUGCAUGAAAACAUUUCCUGGUGAUAUCGGUAGGAAAAUAUAUGGUGGUUUUGACGUUGAUAAUUGGAAAACCCCGGGAUUUAAUUCAUCAGCGACAGUUGGUUCAUCUCAUAAGACAAGCAAAAACACAAACAGAAAAAGACAGUCUAGAAAGCAAAUACGGUCUCAGAUAUUCUCCUCUUUGGGAUCUGGAGUACUUUGA